AGCUAUUUUGAAAGUGACCCUGGGCUCGGGCGCGGGGCGGUGGCGAGGGCGCGGCGGGCGGGAACCAUGACCGAAGAUGACCGAGGCGGCGCUGGUGGAGGGCCAGGUCAAGCUGCGGGACGGCAAGAAGUGGAAGAGUAGGUGGCUGGUGCUGCGCAAGCCGUCGCCGGUGGCAGACUGCCUGCUCAUGCUGGUCUACAAGGACAAGUCGGAGCGUGCCAAGGGCCUCCGGGAGCGCAGCAGCCUGACCCUGGAGGACAUCUGUGGCCUGGAGCCCGGCCUGCCGUACGAGGGCCUGGCCCACACGCUGGCCAUCGUCUGCCUGUCCCAGGCCGUCAUGCUGGGCUUCGACAGCCGUGAGGCUAUGUGUGCCUGGGACGCCCGGAUCCGCUACGCACUCGGUGAGGUGCACAGGUUCCACGUGACGGUGGCGCCAGGCACCAAGCUGGAGAGCGGCCCGGCCACCCUGCACCUCUGCAAUGACGUCCUCGUCUUGGCGAGGGACGUCCCUCCAGCUGUCAUGGGGCAGUGGAAGCUGUCUGACCUCCGGCGCUACGGGGCCGUGCCAAAUGGAUUCAUCUUUGAAGGCGGGACCAGGUGUGGGUACUGGGCCGGAGUCUUCUUCCUGUCCUCCGCCGAAGGGGAGCACAUCAGCUUCCUGUUCGACUGUAUCGUCCGAGGCAUCUCCCCCACCAAGGGCCCCUUUGGGCUGCGACCGGUUCUCCCAGACCCGAGCCCCGGGGGGCCCUCGGCCUCGGAGGAGCGCGUGGCCCAGGAGGCCCUGGAAGCCCUGCAGCUGGAGAAGCGGCUCAGUCUCCUCCCGCCCACGGGCCGGCCGGGCAGUGCAGGGGACGACCGCAGCCUGUCCAGCUCAUCCUCGGAGGCCAGCCACUCGGACGUCAGCGCCAGCAGUCGGCUCACCGCAUGGCCGGAGCAGUCCUCGUCGCAGGAGGGAUCCGGGCUGGCUGCUGCCCAGGCCUCGGGGGAGGCUGCAUUGGGUGCCUUGAGGCCACCCCCAAAACUGCUUCAGCCGCGGCAGCUGCAGGAGGUCGGCCGCCAGAGCUCCUCGGACAGCGGCAUCGCCACAGGCAGCCACUCCUCCUACUCAGGCAGCUUCUCCUCCUACGCGGGCAGCAGCCUGGACGUGUGGCGGGCCGGUGAUGAGUUCGGCUCGCUGCUCAGCCUGCCGCCGGCGGCUGGGGCGCCAGAGCCCAGCCUGUGCGCCUGCCCUCCCGGGGUGGCUGAGUACCAGGUGCCCACAGCCCUGCGGCCUCACUACGACACGCCCCGCAGCCUGCGCCAGGCCCCCAGGGACCAGAGCCCGGCCUUGCAGGGUGGCCCUGACGACAGUGCAGCCGGGGACUCCGGCGGCCAGACGUCCACCGGGUGUCCUUCCGGCUGGUUGAGUGCGAGACGGCAGGGACAGGCGACAGAGGGCGCCCCAGGCAGCGAGGCUGCACUGCCCAGCCCAGCCCCCGCAGAGCUCUGGGGAGCAAGCGGCCCCCAUGCUGGGCCCCCUCCAGCUUUCUUUUCAGCAUGUCCGGUCUGUGGAGGACUCAAGGUAAACCCCCCUCCCUGAGAGCCGAAGAGCAGGCCCUGCUGCUAUAGAGGGGCUGGAUUUUGUCCCUCUGGAUGGGAGAGGAGGUGGUGCUGCCUCCUUGCAGAGAGGGUGCUCUGUGUGCUGAGGGACAGACCUGGGG